UAGAGAAUUGCAAUGAUUUAUUUUGAAAAUCCUUACACGGAUAUAGUAAUUUUCAUUUCCGGGGGAAGUUUAUGUGUUUUAUAAACACGUUGCCGAGGUUUAACAGAGGAAUUGUGUUAUUGCUAUGUUAAAACUGAUUAAAACCACCGGGACUGUGUGUUUGGGUUGAGUCCUGAGUGCUUCAACAUCCUGGCUACUGGCUUGAAGAAGCUCAGCCAUGAAGAACAGAGGUGGAGGCAGUCUGGACAUUCGGCUUAGACACAGAGUGGAGCAGUAUUUGGCGUCCAGCAAUAGGGAAUAUGUGGAUCUUUCAGCCAUGGCUCUGGAUGUUCAGAAACUGUACAGAUUGGAGUAUGGUAGAAGAAACAAGACAGCUUUCAGGAUUCAAGUAGAGAAAGUGUAUGACGCAAUCAUGGCGGAGUCUGCGCUGAAUGACCUGGAGAGCAAACACUUGGCUAAGAGAGCCAAGCACAGCCACAAUGACACUGGUGAAGGCGACAGCAACUCGGAGGAGUCCUCUGACAGUGAUGACCACAUUUUGGAGAACACUCCCACCAACCACAUGAACAGCUCCCUUACAUCUCUGUACCGGAAGGGAAACCCUGACUCUAGCACCUGCUCAACCAGGAGAGAUCAGCCCGCGGCCAGCAGUCCUGUUGGCACAGCCAACCCCCGUCCUACUGCAGGGACACUAGUUUCCACAGGAGGCUGGUUUAUUGAUAGAGGCAGAGACCCCAAGAGGAGCAACGUCCUCAUCGACCUGUGUGAUGAAGAACCGACGAAUGGAGCAGCAAAUCAGCAGGCAGGUGUGUCCAGGCUGGAGCCUGAGAAAUCUCACAGGAAGAAGUACAGCAAAAGGACAAAGAGCUCUGGAGAAACAGCAGAGUCUCGCACCCUGAGCAAAAAAGCAAAACCAAAGUCUGCUGAACUGCAGUAUCCCACUCUGAAGUUUGAAGAUGUAGGAGGUAAUGAAGAGACACUAACAGAGCUGUGUAAGCUGCUAAUCCACAUGCGACACCCAGAGGUAUAUCAGCACCUUGGAAUGGUUCCUCCGAGGGGCUUCCUCCUCCAUGGGCCUCCUGGCUGUGGGAAGACCCUGCUGGCCCAGGCCGUGGCCGGGGAGUUGCAGCUGCCCAUGCUGAAGGUGUCUGCUCCAGAGCUGGUUUCUGGAGUGUCGGGCGAGUCUGAACAGAAGCUCCGAGAGCUGUUUGAUCUGGCUGUGGGUGCAGCCCCAUGUAUCCUGUUCAUAGAUGAGAUAGAUUCCAUCACUCCUAAGAGAGAAGUGGCUUCUAAAGACAUGGAGAGGAGGAUUGUAGCCCAGCUGCUGACGUGCAUGGAUGACCUGAACAGUCUGACAGUAACGAGCCAGGUCCUGGUCAUUGGUGCCACCAACAGGCCGGACUCCCUGGACCCCGCCCUCCGGAGAGCCGGACGCUUUGACAGAGAGAUCUGCCUGGGCAUCCCUGAUGAAGCAGCUCGUCUCAGGAUCUUGAAGACACUGUGUCGAAAGCUGAAGCUGCCAGAGGACAUUGACUAUCAGCAGCUGGCCCGGCUCACCCCGGGCUACGUGGGCGCCGAUCUCAUGGCUCUGUGCCGCGAAGCUGCCAUGGGUGCUGUGAACAGGGUUCUGCUGGAAAUAAGAGGACAGGCACAGGAGCGAAGCCAGAGCUCAACUAAAGAUGUGUCAACAAGCAGUGUUCAGCCUGAGGUUGCAGUGGCAGAGGGAGAGGUCAGAGAGCAGCAGACAACAGACGUCAACACGGUGUCUCUGGACGAGUCGGGACAGAGUCCCCUGCAGCAGGGGGAGCUGUGGCACCUGCUGGACCUAUUGAAGAGCACCGAGACACUGACAGAGGAAGAGCUGGCCAGCCUGUCCAUCCUCAUGUCAGACUUCCAGGCUGCUCUGGCCAGUGUCCAACCCUCUGCUAAGAGGGAGGGCUUUGCCACCGUGCCUGAUGUCACCUGGGAGGACGUGGGAGCCCUGCAGGACAUCAGAGAGGAGCUCACCAUGGCCAUACUGGCUCCCGUGCGUUCUCCAGAGCAGUUCCGAGCUCUAGGGCUCAGCGCUCCAUCUGGAGUGCUUCUGGCUGGACCUCCAGGAUGUGGAAAAACACUGCUGGCCAAGGCAGUGGCCAAUGAGUCAGGCCUCAACUUCAUCUCUGUCAAGGGUCCAGAGCUGCUCAACAUGUAUGUGGGAGAGAGCGAGCGAGCGGUCAGACAGGUCUUCCAGAGAGGACGCAACUCCGCGCCUUGUGUCAUUUUCUUUGAUGAAAUUGAUGCUCUGUGUCCUCGCCGCUCAGGCUAUGAGUCAGGAGCCAGUGUACGGGUGGUCAAUCAGCUGCUCACGGAGAUGGAUGGCUUAGAGACCCGACGACAGGUCUUCAUCAUGGCGGCUACCAACAGACCAGAUAUCAUUGAUCCUGCCAUACUGAGGCCAGGUCGUCUGGAUAAAACCUUAUAUGUGGGUCUGCCACCUCCAGCUGAUCGCCAUGCCAUCCUGCUCACUAUUACUAAGGGAGGGACCAAGCCUCAGAUGGAGCACGAUGUCAGGCUUGAAGAGAUCGCCUUUGACGAGCGCUGUGAUUGCUUCACUGGAGCUGAUCUGACUGCGUUAGUGAGAGAAGCAUCGGUUCAUGCCCUGAGGGCCUUCCUGAAGCAUUUACCAGCUGAUGUUUCUGGACACGCCCACUCUGGCUCAGUGGCCGACAUCAGAGUGAGCAAACAGAACUUUGAGGACGCCUUCAAGAAAGUUCACCCAUCUGUGUCCAAAAAGGACCAGAGGAUGUACGAGCAGCUCAGAGAAUCCCUCGGCCAGUAGCUGCGAGAGCAGAGCCACAGACCUCAGCAGCAACCGCUCACCUCUAACACUGACUUAGUUAUAUCAUGUAUGGAUACACAUUUUAUUAUGGUGCAAUCAUAAUACUGACUCCUGCUUUUAUAAUAAAAAAAUGGCCUGUAUUACCUUUUCAUUCUCAUCAGAUAUACAAGUGAGUUACUGUUUUGCCACUAGGCUCUUGUCCAUUCAGCCACUGUUUAACUACACACAUGCUACUGAUAGCUGGAGUUUACACAUACACACUG